GAUAACUCUUAAUGUGAUAUUUUAUUGACAGUUUGCUGUUUUUACCGUAUAUUUUCUCCUCACAGAAUGAUUUGCGGUGUAUUUGAGUUUAUUUUGUUAUAGGUAUUUACCUGAGAAGAAUGACUGCUAUACUUGUGUAAAUGAUAUUACACAAAUCUUGUUAUGAUAUCACCACAUGUCAUGAAUGCAGCGUCAUCUAUAUGAGGUAUUCUUUUCAAUCAAAGCCGUGUUUCAAUACAGGAAAUUAUGAGAAAAUCGUUUGGGCUCUCGCUGCCUUGUCAGAAGCAUAUUAAAACUUGCAUUAUCUGUUUAGUAGCUUUCUUUGUUAUAGAAAGCAUUCUAUUUAAUACAAUAUUUCUCUAUAUUAUCUGGAACCUGCGUGCAUCUUUCAAUGAUGUUAUAAAAGCACCUGGUGAGACGUUUCUUGACAAGCUGGCCGUUAAUCCAUUCUUUGCCAGCUUAGUUUAUUCAGGAAAAGAAGGUGGAUUUGCGAAACUUCUUGAAAAUACAGUUGGUAGGGUGUAUAUAGAGUCUAUAGAGAAUUAUAAUGUAAAGAGAUCCAGGAAAGGAGUUUCUCAUAUUCGUGACAGCAGUUCAAAUUCACGGCAUACUAUUAAUAGAUUAGGUGUUGACGUUUCAUCAUCAGGAGAGACUAUGUAUAUUCUUGAAAGAAUUCAUAAUCUGGGAGUUAAUAGAACGAACUGGGAGAAACUGGUAAUAGACAUAGGAGCUAAUGAUGGGCUCUUGUCAAGCAAUUCAUAUAACUUUAUUCGCUGGGGCUGGAGUGCAAUCUUGGUAGAACCUCAGAGUUACCAGCUAGAUAUUGCAAAGAGAAACUUGCAUGGGUAUAUAAAGCAGCAUAUAGAUCAGAAAGUAUAUUUUGUAAAUGCUGUUCUGAGUAACUAUGAUGGAACAGCCAAGUUUAAACUUUCCUCGGAUAUUGUUGCUAUGGAAAGUCAUGUGAUCACUGAUCCUAGGGAGCCAGGUGUAGUAACGGAAAUCCGGUGUUACUCGGUGAAAACUUUUGCAACCAAAUUCAACGUUCCGACCAAUUUUGGUAUUCUAUCAAUAGAUGCAGAAGGGCUAGGUAGUACGAUAUUACAUCAGUGGAUCAGGCUAGGGUAUAGACCAAUGUAUAUUAUACAUGAAGACCUUCAUGACCCGGAGGACGUCUUGGAAACAACUCGUAAACUUAAGAUAGCAGGGUAUGAUUUCCUUACCAAACGUGGCUGGAACAAUAUCUAUGAGUAUAAUCCGAGAAAUAGUUAAAAGUGAAAGUUGAAUUGCUUUAAUGGGUGUAAAUGUCCCAAGUAUACACUGCAGGUAGUCAAAAUAUAUUGAUGUGCCAAAGCUUGAUUCUGAGAUAUUUUCGUUCUGGGGCAGAAUCUCGCUUUUAGAGGCGAGAUAUUGCCCAGACAAGAAAAUAGCACAGUAUCUCCUUAUGCAGUAUAAUUAGUUGGACUAACACUGCAGGGCUGGCAGAAAUCUCAUUUUGACAUUCUUGUCCAUAUGAUAUUUAUAUAUGUAGAGGCUGUGCGACAACUUGGGCAAUACGGACAAUUGAUUUUGCUACCCGAGUAGUUACACAGAUACUGUUUACAGGGAUUUACCAGUUGUUUUUUUUUGAGGAUUUGAAACAGUUGUUGAAUAUAUGCCUUUCUUUCAAUUGAAAAAACUGUAAAAAAAAUCCCAGUUAUUUCUAACAAAAAUUUAUAGAUUUC